CAAUCUUCCACUCUAAACACAAUCGAACAAACAUGUCCGCAAGCGUUGUCCUAGUCACUGGCGCCAAUCGUGGCAUCGGCUACGAAAUCGUCAAAGCCCUCGUCGAAUCCCCCCUCCCGUACCACGUCUUCCUCGGCUCCCGCGAUGUCAACAAAGGCAAAACUGCCGCGGCCUCGCUGCACCCGCGCAGCGGCAGCUCCAUCUCCGUCGUCCAAUUAGAUGUCUCUUCAUCCGAGUCCAUCGCCAAUGCCGCCGCCACAGUAAAGGCAGAGGCCGGUCGCUUGGAUGUCCUCGUCAACAACGCCGGCAUCGUCGACGAUAGCCCCGAUUCGCUCACCCGGCUUCGGAAUACCCUCGAGAUCAACACCAUUGCACCCUUUGCCGUCACCACAGCCUUCAAGCCCCUUUUGACAGUCCAACCAGAAGACGGAGUCAAGGGGAAACGCCUUAUCUAUGUAUCAAGUGGCUUGGGCUCCAUUGGCCAAAGAGUGGAUUCAAAAAGCCGUUAUUACUCCGUUCCUGCUGUCGAGUACCGCAUGAGCAAGACUGCUCUCAACAUGCUGGCCGCUUGUGACGCUUUCGACUUGAAGGAUCACGGCGUCAAAGUUUUUGCCUUUGACCCGGAAUUUGUGGCUACGGAGCUGACGCACUCGCCCGAGGAACGUCGCAAACUAGGGGCUCUUGAGCCGAGUGUAAGUGGCGAGAGUUGUCGAGAUAUCAUCGAGGGGAAGCGAGAUGCCGAUACUAGCAAGUUUGUUAGCAUCAACGGCACAGAUUUGCUAUGGUAAGGUAGAAGCAAGUAGAACCAUGCAUUUCGUUAGCAGCAAAUAAAAAGACACCACUCAGC